AAGCUUGUCUCGCAAAUUCGUUGUUUCGAAGAGGUCCGAGUGAGGAGGAUGUGGAGCUAGCUCAGCUGCUGAUGCUCAAUCCCACUCACUCUCACACACACUCAGGCGGUGGGGGAAGGGCUUCUUCGUUAUGGUUGCGGACACCGCCUCAAUCGCCGAACCAAGGAAAAAAUGAAAGUAGUCGAGCUUCGACGCUGAUUACUUGCGGGUAAAUUCGCUUACUCCAUCCAUGUCCAGUGAAGCCAACUCGGUGGUGUACUUUUCUAGCUCCAUCGCUCCAGCUCUCGUCAGAUUCUGGGGUUUGGCAGGGAUGGCGUCGAAGGCGCGGUGACGAAAUCUCGAGCGCCGGUCCCAGUUGCAGCGUUGCAGCAUUGGAGCUGGUUUCGCAAUCUCAAUCCUGUGAGGACGCAGCGCCCCCUCCAUGAAUUGCCUCGCUUUGAAUCGUGCGGUCUGCAGGGUAGGCACCCGCUACCCUGCACAAUUCGGAGAGGUGAAAUUGGCUGGUGGAGCUAUGUCGUCGGGUAGACACAUGUUGUCAGCCUCUGCGUACUGUGCACAAGUAAGGAAUUCAGUGACGGUAGCCGUUCGUUGUCGUUAUUGUACGCACAAACAUCUUCGCAAGGGUUUUCUAGGUACGCUGCGCUUGGACAAGCAGCAAAGUUGCAGAGUUCAGCAGAGAGUGAGGAGAUUGCGAGGAGGUUCUGUGCUGCAGCUCACUAGGGCUGGGAUUGAGAAGAAGAGGAUCAAGAAAGAUGUCGACGAUUUCGAGGUUGGUUUGCAGAAGAACGGAGGUUUACCGGAGCUGCCUGACGAUCUCUCACAAUUGGCCGUGUCUCUGCCACUGGGGCUGGCAUCGUUCGAGGGAUUGUUUCUGGUUGGGUGGGUGGCAAGCUUGAGGGGGCUGUUGCCUGGCUCCCGUGGUUUCUUCGGUGCGGCGGAUCUUAUCCUUUGUGGCAUUAUGUUUGCGAAUUGUGUCGUCGGGUGGUAUGCGUUGGAGCAUAGCCGUAGUGAAAUAGACGAAUUGCCUCGUGAUAGGAAGGCUCGCAAGAUGAAGGCGGCCGGACCGAGCUUGAUUGAUCUCGGUUUCUCUCUAGGCGUGAGUUUCAUUCCUUUCGCCAAUUUGUUUCUGUGGUUGAGGUUUGCUAGUAGGCAAAAGCAUUUGUCGACCAAAGAGCAGGCAGCGCUCGUUGCCAACGCUCUUAUCUAUGAAGGUCCACGGCUCUUCGCCCUUCUUGUGUUGAUUAGUGGAGGAUUGUGGGUUUUACUGCAAGUAGGGCUCGUCAGCAAUGUUGCGUUGCUUCUCAGCGCACUGCACCGGCCUUUUGAGGAGGCUCGCAUCAGAAACGAGAAAGUACUGAGGGAAGUGGUUAGAGCGAAGGAAUUAGCUGCCAAGGAGGCAGAAGAUAAAAUUCCAAAGAAGAAGGAGAUUAGUGAGGAGGAGAGAGACCGAAUCGAUCGCUUAAGAGAACUGGAGGAAUUCGACAUGUUGCUAGCUCAGACUCCUUCCUCCGGCACAGCGACUCUUCCCGCAGCUAAUCCCAAGGAGUGGACAGUCGGGGAGACAAUGGAGUGGUUGGGGCAGCAAGGACUUGCAAGAUAUGCUACUACAUUUGCACAGAACAACAUCGAUGGAAAGCUGCUUCUACAGCUCACCACCGACGAGGUACGGGAUGAGCUUCAGAUCCUAAACUUUGGUGACCGUAAGAAGCUGGAAUUGCUGAUCCAAGAACUAAAGAGAAGAUGAGCAAACAACCAACAUUCUCUGCACAAAGCAGGAUGGAGGUAUUGUAAAGGUGGAUUUGAAGCUUGAGGGAGGAUUUGGUGGUGACUUUGAAGAUGUUGGACCCCAUCUCCAUGCAGUAACAUCUUUCUAUUUCGAAUUCCUCUUGGCAGUAAAUUCCAAAAUCUGAUUUUUGGACUUAAAAAAGUUUUGUCUUGAUUUCUCAAUUUCUCAAUUUUAUUUAUACACAUUUAUAUAUCUUGAAUUUAUUAUUGUAUUCAUUAAAGAGUUUAUAAUCAAGAUUUAGAUUUAAAAUUA